AUGGGUGAUGAUGACAAGUUUGCUGAUUUCUAUGCUAGGCUCAGUGUUGUUGUGAAUGGUUGUUUCAACUUAGGAGAUCCCAUACCUCAGCACAGAAUAGUCAAGAAAAUACUCAGGUCUCUUCCUAUGAAAUAUCAUUCCAAGAAGAUAGCCAUUCAAGAGUUGAAGGACCUGAAUACCUAUAAUCUGCAAGAAUUGAUUGGAAACUUAACCACAUAUGAGAUGGAACUCCCUGAUGAAAUGAAGAGCAAAAGCAUAGCUCUUAAAGUGAAGAAAGACAUUGAAGAUGAGUCAACAGAUGAAGAGGAUGCUGAUGAAGAUGAAAUUGAUCUUGUCACAAGAAAAUUCAGAAAAUUUCUCAAGGAUAGGAAAUCCAAAAGAAGUGAAUCAAGGUUUGACUCAAGCUCCAAGAAUACAAGAAUAAAAGAAAAGCCGGGUAAUAAGGUUUUAAGGUUUGAAAGAGCACAUGAAAAAAGAAACAACAAUGCUCCAAAGUGUUUUGCAUGUGAAGGGUUUGGUCACAUUGCAUCUGAAUGUGCAAAUACCUUGAAGAAGUCCAAGAAUAAACGGAAUAAAGCAAUGAAUGUUACUUGGAGUGACAGUGAAGACGACUCUAUGCUUGAAAGUGAUUCUGAAGUGGUGGCCUUGGUAGGAUUAACGACUACUGGUGAUGAGUCUGAAGUUGAAGAAUUUGAUCUUGAGGAAGUAAUGCAACAAUAUAUCAUGUUGUCUGAGGCUUUAAAAGAAUUGAAGAAAAGAAAUUUAGAAUUGAGUAAUGAAGUUGAGAACUUGGAGACUAAUAUUAGUAGGACUGAAGCUGGAUUUCAAUCUCAAUUGGAGGCAGGUGAUGCAGUGAGAAAGUCUCUUGUGGAGGACUUUCAAUCCCUUCAACAAAAGUACCAAGAGAGAUGUGAUAAAGUUGAGGAGCUUAAAACUGAAAAGGCUUGUCUGUUAUAUGAGCUUGAGCAAAUGAAAACCAAGGCUGGAUGCAAUUCUUCAAGUGGUGAAAAGUUAGAAAAUAUUCUAAUGAUUGGUAAAAAAUUUGGAGAUAAACAUGGCCUGGGAUAUGAUGCUGAAAGUUCAUCCAAAGGAGAGCAUGUCACCAAGUUUGUUAAAGGUUCUGAUCAUUCCUCGUCACAAUCCACUUUCCCUGUGCGUGAAGAACCUAAACCAAUGUUGAAGAAUUUUGUGCCUGUGUGUCAUCAUUGUGGAAAGAGAGGACAUAUAAGACCGAGGUGCAAUCAACUAAGAAAGAAUUCUUCGAAUGACAAGAAGCCACUCAUGAAUAAAAAGAAAGAAUAUCUUCAAGAAAAGUCUUCAAGAAAAGCUGGCAUUUCUUUUGAAAGAAGUAAAUAA